UUCCUGAUUUCGUGUGUAGCCAAUCUAAGAUUUACACGGUACGAGAAGCAUUCUCAAGAGGCAAGGCGAGCUGAACAACAUUCCUUUGAACAGAGUCCUGUACAACCUUCAGCCAAUGAACAAAAAGCCAAGUUGACAGACAUUUGCAAAAUAACAUUCAAACAAACCAAACCAACGGAGGUGAAAGUGUCUUUGGAUUGCAACAAGACAAAAUGACAAGUCUGACUUAUCAGCUGUUGUUGGCUACAGUUUUUCUUGGUGCGGUUCAACUUAUCUGUGGUUACAGCUUUAACAACUGCAUUGAAGACCAAUACUCAGACGGAUUUUUCAACUGUGUCCAUCGGCAGGAAAAUAACACACCUGCUAUUAUAAAUGACCUGCCGCCAUCUGCUGUUAGCCUCAACAUCUCGAAUAAUCAACUGUCGCAGAUUCCCAACAGGAGCUUUGUUCAUCUACCAAACCUUCAACACCUCAAAAUAGAUAACACUCAGUUGAGGAUCAUUGAUCAGUUUGCUUUCCAAAACUUAAGUCAACUCAAGUCUCUGAAUUUGUCCUCUAACAAAAUAGCAGAGCUCAUCCCUUCUGUGUUUAAGGACCUGCACAACCUCACGAAUCUCUCGCUGACAAACAAUAAAUUAAAGCAGCUCCCUGAGGGCAUUUUCUCCACUCUUCUCAAUCUGGACACUUUAAUGAUGAGACAAAACUCUCUGAGAAACUUCUCAGGGAUUGCAGAGUCUGUUUCACAUCUAACAAACCUGAAAAUACUGGAUCUUUGCUUUAACAAUUUAACCUCUCUCAACCACUCAAAUGUGUCACUACCCGAAUCCCUCACUACAUUAUAUAUAUGUCAAAAUAAUCUGUUGACAUUAGGAUGUAAGCAUUCGUUUCUCAGUUUCAUCAAGCUGCUAGAUUUGUCAUACAAUCGUAGGCUCCCCACAACGGCUUUUCGAGGAGUGAAUUUGAGUCAUAUAAACUAUCUACGUUUGCGUUCAACACGUGUCAACGUAGUGGAGUUUUUAAAUAUCAGCAACGUCAACCCAGGUCACGUUGAUUUCUCUGGCACGGGUCUAAAUAAUGACAACCUGCUCAAGGAGCUAUGCAAAUCGUUAAAGACAAAGGUGAGAAGCAUUAAAAAAUUGGACCUUGGUGAUAACAGGAUUGAGAAUAUAACAAAGAAUUCGCUAUCCUCUUGUCCUAAAAUCACAUCUUUGGAUCUGUCCCGCAACAAUCUGAAAUACACAAGUUGUCUUAACUUUCUCAAUACACAGAAACAAAUAAAAAGCUUAAAUGCAGAGCAUAACCAUCUCACCCUCCUCCGAUCCUGUAAAACACAAAAUAUGGUUUAUUCAAAACUGGAAGAGCUGAGCUAUCGUUACAACCGCAUCCUCACAGUCAACUCUCAUGCUUUCUAUCAUGCACCAAAUAUCAAGACGCUACAGCUUAACAUUAACACAAUUGCUUUCCUCCAUCAUAAAGCGCUCAAAGGGCUAAAACUGCUCACAACUCUCCGACUGGAUAAUAACCUUUUAACUGACUUGUUCAAUGACACCUUUGAAGACAAUGUCAAUCUGCAAAUCCUUAACCUACGCAACAAUCAUAUUUCUGUCAUAUUUAACGGGACCUUCCUCAGUCUCAGCAAAUUGACUACACUAGACUUAGGAGGUAACAAGAUUACUUAUUUCCAGCCUUCUGGCCUUGAUGGACUAAAAAGUCUGUCUAAAUUAUAUCUAGAUGGAAACAACCUCAAAAACAUUGACACUUCCUUCUACCAUGUCUUUCAAGACACACUAACAGUGCUGGAUUUACAAAGUAAUCAGAUUCGCUUCCUUAGAAAAAUACAUCUCACACCAUUUAUGAAUCUCAGCAAGCUCACUGAUCUCAAACUGGAUGGACAGCGGCCGCAUGGCCUCACCGUUUUACCCCGCAAUUUUUUUCAUGGCCUACACUCACUGAAAUCUCUGUAUCUCACCAACAAUAACAUCAACUAUCUUGCUCCUGAUGUCUUUGAUGAUCUGACAGGCUUAAAUUUCCUUACAUUGGACAACUGCUGUGUUGGAGCAACAGAACUCCGACCAGGAGUAUUUAAAAAUCUAAAGAAUUUGACCAAAUUGAUUGUUGAAAAUAUGGGCAUUCAGAACAUUUCAAUGGAGGUUUUUGGGAAUCUGACGAAGUUACACACACUACAGCUCAACCACAAUGUAAUGCAGAGCAUUGAUGUUGACGCGCUAGAAACUUUACCUAAACUCCACUACCUUGACAUACGUAAUACUCCUUUAAGCUGCACCUGCACAAAUAAAUUGCUACAAAACUGGACAGUAAAUAACCCACGUGUCCAGGUGGUCUAUCUGUACAAUCUGAAUUGCCCUCACAAUGAAGAAGUCAAAUUCUACAACUUUGACACCAAAGUUUGUUACAAAGAUCUAGGAGAGUACCUGUUCAUUAGCACAGCGGUUGUGAUCUUUCUGUUCACAGUAAUUCCCUUACUUCAUGUCAAACUCUACUGGAAAUUUAAGUACGGCUACUAUGUGUUCCGUUCCUGGUUUAGUGAACAGUGGCGGAGACUCAGAGAAGAGGAGGAAAAUUGCAAAUAUGAUGCAUUUAUUUCAUAUAACUCCUGUGAUGAAAAGUGGGUCAUGGAAGAGUUAGUGCCCAACCUGGAGGGAAAUGAAUCGUCUUUUAAACUUUGUCUACAUCACAGGGACUUUGAGCUGGGCCGCAAUAUUGUGGACAACAUCGUCUCUGCUGUGUAUAGCAGCCGUAAAACUAUUUGUGUGGUAAGCAGGAAUUUCCUAAGAAGUGAGUGGUGUUCUCUGGAAAUCCAACUGGCCAGCUACCGACUCUUCGAUGAGCACCGGGAUAUUCUUCUGCUUGUGUUUUUGGAGCCAAUCUCUGAAAGGCAGAUGUCGCCCUAUCACCGCAUGAGGAAGGUCAUGUUGAAAAAGACUUAUGUGCAGUGGCCUGGCUCAGAUUGCACUAACCCGACGCAGGCCCAAGAGCUGUUUUGGUACCAUCUACGUAGGGCGAUGAGAACCGGGAGCAGACUCAAUACUGAAGAAAAUUACAAAAGUAAAUGUUGUGAAGAAGGAACUGAACAUUUUGAGACUCAAUUAUCACAUGAAAACUAUUACUUGAAACCUUAAAAGUCCAACCUGAGUACAUU